UCCUGUUUUAGAGAAGAGGCAUGGCAGCGAGAAGUGGCAAUGACUUUCAGCUGGUUAUUCCUGAAAGAGGCAAAAGAGUUAAGAUUAAUUCGGGAUCUACUCUCACUGUGUCAUGUCACUUGUCUCCUGCACUCAGUGCCGUUGACAUGGAGAUUACUUGGUUUGGCGAGAUGUCUUGUAUUUGUGCCUAUAAGAACAGAGAGAUGAAACAGGGUGUUGACUAUGAGGGCAGAGCGAGUCUGUUCAUUAAUGACCUGCAGAAAGGGAAUGUUUCCUUAAGAGUGGCAGACUGUAGAGAGUCAGAUCUGGGAGUUUACAUGUGCCGGGUCACCAGUAGAAAUGAAACACAGCAGAUAACAGUAAAUGUUGCAGAAGAAGUUUCUGCUAUUUUCGGAGACCAGCUCUUCUUUACAGUGAAUUACCAAAGGGAAGAAACAAACAAGUUGUCAGAGCAUCAAGGGGAUUCAGACAAUCAGUCUGAGGAUUACAAGGGAGAAACAGAUGACAAAUUAUCAUCACAGUACAUCAAAUCAGACCUAAGACAUCUAGACAAGCAGUCUGGGGAUAACAGAAUGGGAACCAAAGAUUUUUUGAACCGAGCUUCAUAUCACAAUGAACCAAACAAAAGCCAGCAUGGGAUGGAAGUCUUGAACAAGAACUUUCAGCUUUUUGUUCCCAGUACAUCAAAAGAACCAGAGGUUUCUUUGGGGUCUGAUUUGAUCAUUCCAUGUUACCUGUCUCCUGAAAUCAGUGCGGUUGACCUGGAGAUCAGCUGGUCUAAUGACAGAGCACUUGUUUGCCUGUAUAAGGACAGGCAGGUGACAGAAGGGGUUUUGUUCAAGGACAGAGUGAGUCUGUUCACUCACAAGCUUAGGAAAGGAAAUGUGUCCUUACGCCUGAAAAACGUCAGGCCGUCAGAUAUUGGAAAUUACCAUUGUCAGGUCAGCAGUAAAGACAGAAGAGAGAAGAUAACAGUAAGAGUGAGGAUAAAUCCUAGUGUCCAGUCUAUGAGUCAGUCACCAAUAUUUGCAGAAGGAAAUGAGGAUAAAAGGACAAGAGAACCAACCAACAAAUUAUCAAGGCGCACUUCACAUCACAGAGAUUCAGAUGAGAAACAACAGGGGAAUUACAGCAAAAGCAUUUCUGAUAAUUUUCAGCUUGUUAUUCCUCAAACUGCUCAAGAAGCACAGAUUUCUUUGGGGUCUGAGAUCACUGUUCCUUGUCACUUGUCUCCUGAAGUCUGUGCCAUUGCCAUGCAGAUCAAAUGGUUUAAGGAGACAGUCUGUGUUUGCAUCUACAAGAACGGAUGUGUGAUUAAGGGGCGGAGCUACAAAGACAGAGCGAGUCUCGCCACUUGCGUACUGGAAAGAGGAAAUGUGUCUUUAAAUCUAAGUAACUUCAGUGUCUCAGAUGUUGGUGAUUACUAUUGCCAGGUCAUCAGUAGAGACACAACAAAACAGAUUACAGUAGGAGUGAGGAUAAAACCUGAAGUCCAUCCUGAGAGUCAGUCACCAGCAUCUCAAGGACAAACUAUUCAGCUAAUGCUGUUUGAGAUAGACAAAAUAUGGACUGAGGAGGAGACAAACAAAAUGGAUGAAUCUGCUCUAAUGUCAGAAAUGAAAGUGAACAAUAUGCAGGAGCUUCAACAAAUGUUGAUCGGGGCUUACAGAAAAGGUUCUCUCAACUGGAAAUGAGAGACCAGAAUGGACUUGGACAGAGUCUUAAAACUCAUCCCUCAUGCUCAGACAAACCAAACCCUUUUUAGUAGAUACCUAGCAUUUAAAUGUCAGGUUGAUGCUUAAUGCCUUUUCUUGAUUUCAUGAAACUUAUUG